UCAGUGACGCUUUCGAGCCGUCGUCAGGGUCGUCUGAGCGGGUUCAGGGCUUCCUUAUGGCUGGCGCGCUAGGCUCCUGAUAGUUCUGCGCUGAAGGUGGGAGACUGGUGUGCUUUGUAUAUUUUGUGGAAAAAAAACUGCUGAAGAUACUAGAGAAAGGGCAGCUCUUCUACUGACAACUCAUAAGGAAAUAAUUUACCACCUACUUAGGAUUAGAAGACAAGCUCAUUCUUAUAGUCUUCUGAAACAAAAUUAGGAUGGAUUGGAGAGAUGAAUAUUCCCAUAAUUCUUUUGACCUGCAUUGUUUGUUGAAUUCAUUUCCUGGAGACUUGGAGUUUAAGCAGAUCUUCAAUGACAUUGAUGAAAAGAUAGAACAAAAUGCCAUAAGCAUAGAACACUGCAUUAAAGAAAUACAGUCUGAAGUUAACAAACAGUGUCCAGAUGUGCAGCUACGAACAACAACUGACUGUUUUGAAUGGCUAAAUAAUUAUAAUUAUAAUUCAUCCAAGUCACCAUCCAUUCCCCAUGGAGAUAUGAUAAAAUUUCUCAAAGCACUGCAAAAUUUGUUGAAGAAUGAACAAAAUCAAGAAGAAAUGGUAUUGGAUUUACUUUGGGACCUCUCCUGCCACAGCAGUGUUUCCUUCCCAUCCAUUCUAAGUGGAACAUCUUUCCAUUUCCUCUCUAGUACUUCUCUUCAUUCUGUUGAAGAUCAUUCCUCUAUGGAUGUAAAGUCUAUAUGGGAUGAUAUAAGACUACAUCUUCGACGCUUCUUAGUGAGCAAAUUACAAACCCACAAUGAAAUAAACAAUUCACAGCAAAAAAUACUGUUGAAAAAACAAUGCAUACAACAACUCUUAUUUCUUUAUCCAGAAUCAGAAGUUACAAUCAAGUACCAAAACAUACAGAAUAAACUGUUGACUAAACUUCUGCAGAACUGUUUUCCUUCUUACAGCAGAGAAGCAAAUUUAGACAUAAUGGCUGAUGGAUACCAAGGUACAAUGCUUAAGUUAUACUCAAUGAUAAAAGAGGAUUUUAACACACUACGUGAAAUUUUAGCUCCAUCCUCAACAGUGAAAUUCAUUAAAGAAACUUACCUGGAUACAGUUACAGAAGAAAUGGCAAAAUUUCUUGAAAAUUUUUGUGAGCUGCAGUUCAAAGAAAAUGCUGUCCGUGUGAUUAAAACAAGCAAGAGCUCCAGCAGGCAUAGAGGAGCAGUGCAUGCUUUGGUUACUCCUGAAUGCCCACAGAAAGGAAGAAAUGUUUUCCUCUCCUUAGAUGAACUCGAGUUCUUAUCACAGCUCAUAAAAUCCUUUUUGAAGUUGGAACAAAAUAUUCAGGAAUUAUUUGAAGAAAUAUUUUUAUGGCUCAAGACACCCUGGAAUACUUCAGAAAUUUUGGAGACAUCCAGUAGAGAAGUUGUAAUAGAGAAACCUAGAACAAAUGAAACCAGUAUUCCUUCAGAGCAAUUGCUACCAGUAAAAGAGGCUACUUUACUAAAUUUUGGCUGGAGAAGUGCAUUUAAAAAAGUGUCUCUUCCCAUGGCACAUUGUAUAACAACAGCCAUUGAAGACUUUUCCGCAAAAAUUCUCCAACAGGAACAGAAUGAAAGGUCUUCAGCUAUGAGCUAUGCUUUGAACCUUGUAAAUGUCCAGCAAGUUUGGCAAGAUAGCCGUGUGGUUCCUGAGGCAGACCAACCAAAGAAAAUUGCAAAGUUUUGUUCUGACAUCAUGGAAAAACUUGACACAAUCCUUCCACUGGCUCUGGCAUGCAGAGAUGAUUCUUUUCAGGAAAUUAGAGCAAACUUUGUGGAGGCCUGUUGUAAAGUGGCAACAGCUGUCCUGGCCAGACUGCAAGAGAGAGGCAAGGAGUUUCCUUCCAAAGCACCCCUGAAAAACUUGUACAUGCUGCUCUCCACGGCAGUGUAUGUCUUCCAGCAUUUUAUGCAAUAUGAUAAUUUGAUGAAAGAAAAUACUAAGAAACCCAUAUUCCUGGUACCUGUCCAACGAUAUCAGGAAUUCAUCAACACUCUACAGUUUCAGGUUACGGACUACUGCGUCAGAGUUUGUGCUACAAGCAUUUUACAGGAUGCUGAGAGCCACCACUGGGAUGACUACAAAGCUUUUUAUGAGGGGGAAAGAUGCUCCUUCUCGCUCCAGAUGUGGCAUUAUUUCUUCUGGGCGCUUCAUCACGAUCUCUGGACCAUUCUGCCCCCUAAGUUAGCCCAGGAGAUUCUAGCAGAAGUGCUGGAGAAAUCUUUGGGUCUCCUGGCCUCCAGAUAUGCUCGGGCCCAUCCCAGUUAUAAGAGAACUCCACAGAUAAGACUUGAUGUCACAACAAUUUUAAUAUGCACUGAGAACAUGUUAUGGUCAGUUUGCACAUCUGUACAGAAGCUUUUGAAUCCUCAUGAGUAUGUAGAUGAUAAAAUUUUAAAAAUUCAUACCCAUUGUAAUAAUCUCUUCACAACAUUAGUCAUUUUGACUUCACCACUAACUGAAUUAUACCAGACUUUUCAGCAUGGCAUGGACGAUUCUGCCUCAGAUUCCUUAAAGCCAUUUUUCAAGCAACCAUUGCAUUGGCUUUCUUGCAUAUCACAUUUCUACCCUUCUUUACUCAGGACUCCAUCAGCUGGACGAUUGACAGCCGAGGGUCAGUUGAAACUGCUGUUAUCCCAGCCAGGCUGUAAUUGGAACCUGCUUCUGGAAACCCUACUGCAUCAUGAUGGUCUUUUACUGAGAAUCUUGCUAAAGAGCUCAAAACGCACCUUUCAAGAACAGGGUUCUGAUACAGAAAGUAAUGUGAACCAAGGAUCCAGCUUGAUAGAAGCUAUCUUUAAAGUAUUGUACCACUGCAAUUUUUCUCCACAAACAUUUGGAAAUGUUUUUGUGAGUUACAUGGAAGAAGAACAUUUAUGGGACUUUUUAUAUAACAUUCCAGUCUCAACGUGCAUGGAGUCUGAGGUAGAGGUCAUCCGAUGCCUGAGACUGGCACUGACUGACGCCGUCAAGGACAUUGUGCAGCAGAUAAUAUCUGUGCUGAGCUCUUGGAGAAACUGUGAGACAAGCCUAAACAAGCACAGUGUUCUUGAAUGUCUGCGUGAGAGCAUUCCAAGAGAAUGGAAUUAUACUCCAAAAGAAACCAAAAGGAAAGAAUCAAGAAAAGGCUUCACAAGGCUUGCUGCUCAGGCAGUAUCUAUUGUAAUCAGCAAGUUACCUACGGUGAUUGCAUGUUUGCCUCCCCCAGUUAAAUACUUCUUUUUUCUGGCUGAGAGAAAAAUGUCAAAAAACUUUGUUGAAUUAAAGAAAGCUGGCCUGCUUGUCUGGAACUUGAUUGUAAUUAUAUGUCGGAUAUUUGAGGAUGGAAACACUGUGGAACUUUUAACAGGUGCCUCCCUUGACAGAUGGAGUAAAGAGAAACUCAGUUUAAUCUGUGUGUGUUUGGAAAGCAUCAUGGGAGAGCAGACAAGUAGCCCUAAUCAAAUGACCCAGAAGGUCAUACGGAGCAUUGAGCAGCAAAAACCCAACUGGAUUGAAUGCCAAUUGUUGAAAGCAAGGAAACUGAGCACCGAAUGUGCAUUUAUGACAAUAGAGGAAAGCACAGCCUUAGAAGAAGGAGAUAUUGCUCUUGAACUGACUGAGCAGAAAAUAAACAUGAUGGUCCUGGAUAUCUGCCACAAACCAGGUGGCAGCGAGUACCUGAGGCAAAUUUAUCACAUCAUGCGGCUCAAUGAGGAGCAUUUAAAAGAACAGCUGUUUUCUAUGAAUGGUUCAGAGGAAAAGCCAUUUCGCAUUCAACCUUUAAAGAUGACCUUGAGGAGUGUGGAAGAUCAGCCCUCUGCCUUUAACCCUUUCCAUGUGUACAAGGUGUUUAGCGAAAACAUGCUUGAUCAGUCAGCUAUCACAAAAUGGAACUGGAAUUGGUCAAACUUGCUGCCAAAUUAUCUGGGACUGGAUAAGACGACCUUCAGUGUACUGCUCAAAAACAGGAUGCUGUGGGGUUGCAAAGUGAAGCCUCUACCUUCCACAGCUGCAUCAACUUGCCUCCUCUCCCUGAUGCUAAGCAUUCCACCCUUGGCAAGAAUUUUCCUUAAUUGUGUAAUCUCUCUAGAUCCUCUUCAUGCGGGCUAUCCGGGAUAUGUGUUAGGUGUUCUUAUAAAGCUUUUGCUUAUAAUAUAUUAAAAUAGAAUUGCCAUAAUGACAGAAGUUCAACGGGAAAAAUCCACCCCUGCCCACCAUCAUGAAGCCUCUCUCCCUCCCUAUUUUACCAUUCCCGUAGCGUAUGAAGUCUUAUAUUCUCCUGUCCCCCUCCAGUCAAAUGCCAUUGUCAUGAAUAAAUAUUUAUUAAUACCUACUACCGAUUCAAAGCGAUGCAAGACAUGGUCUGGUCUCUGUGCUGUCUAGUUGGGAAGUUAGGACAUGCAAAAAAAAAGUGGUUAAUAGCAAUGUGAGGUAGCAUAGACUAAGUGAUACAUGACACCCUCUAAUUUAUCUGUUCAACAAAUCCAAAUUUCCAUACAUUUAUGUUGCUUAAAAGGAGAUACAUCUGUAAUCCUUGCCUUACCAUGUCUUUUCACUAAGCUUGUGUCUUCUGGCAUAAUGAAAAAUAAUGUGAUAAUAUAGUGACAUGUUACUGUGACUUUAGGAUGUUUCCAUAGAGGCAGAGCAGUCUCAUGGGUACUAUGAUGGAAUGAGAUACAGAAGACAGGGAUUCUUAUCUGAGAAAUGCCCCUGACAUUUUAUGUGACCUCAGACAAGUGACUCAAUCUCUCAGUUUAAGCUUUGUCAUCUGUAAAGUAAGUUUAAUUAAACUUGCCAACAUCAUAGAGACGUUAUAAAGUCUAGCUAAUUAAAGCCCAUUAAUGUUUUGAAGAUAUAAAGUGCUUGCUUUACAGUCAUAAACAAUAAGCCAAAAAGAGUUUUCUUUCAUUAAAAUACUUAUUUUUGUACGAUCAUCGCAAAGGUGAUACCGAUGCCCUCUAGAGCCUAGUUGUAGGGACGGGUUUGCACUGAUUCAUUCUUACUCUCUCAUUCGGUUAUUUUGGUGACCAGUAGCACUUAAGACACCUGGGUAAAACGAGGUAUCUGUCUGUGACUAUCGAACAAAGUAAAACUAAGUGGCUACCCUGGAAUUGAGCCAAUGAUCUAGGUCUCAUUAGCACUAUCAGCUAAUCAACUGAGCUAAUUGGAUACCACUGAUAAUAAUGUAGCAGAACAUGGUUUGGCUUAUUCUUUUUCCAAAGCUUUCCCUAGAUUGAAUUUCAAUAACCGUAAAAAAUUAGUAUGAAUAAUUAGAGCCAAAGACAUUAAGCUAGAUGUUAUUAGAUGUCACUGACAUCUGAGGGACUAACUCUUGCUGUCCCCAACAGGCCUGACGUCCUCAACAGGUUCUUGACUGCCCUGAGAAAGUGAGGUUUCAGAAUGAAAAGGCUAAUAAAGCCAGGGCCCUCCUGAUGAGAUUAGGAAGAGCUGUUGCAUAUCUCUUGCUCACUAAGAGUCUAUUGGCAAGAAUUAGAAAUUGUUCUGGUGUGUGUGUCCUUUGGAGGCUAAUAAAGUGACAAUGAAGAUGCAUUGUGCUACAGAAAACAGUCCUAAGUACUAAAUAAAAAAAUGCCUUAACACUGAGCUCAUAACUUUGCCUCUUGGGAUUGAUUAUAUCUUUCGGCUGAGAACACGAAGCAAGCCUUAAUGAGGAACUGAUAUUAGGUGGGAUCGUUUCUGUAAUUCUCAGUUCUUUGAACUUUCAGGCAAGGUUAAUGUACAUGCUAUUUCAUGGAAUAAAACAAAAAUAUAUGAUGUUGAAAUAUUCCCUUUCUAGAAAUACGAGAGUAAUAGAAUCCAGCGGUGCUAACAAAGUAGCAUGUAAAUCCUAGGGUGUAUACUUCAGAUUUCAAGUGGAAUGAAUGGCCUAUUUGGCCCAAACUAGGUAAACUUAAACUCUGCAAAGCUGAAAUACUGGAAAUUAGCUCCAUGAUGUAUUAACUCAAAUAAUAAUGUUCCUGACGUUAAAAAAAAAAAAAAGAUGGAAAUUAAACAUCUAGUUAUGAAUACUACGUCUGCACAAUGUGCUGCAUGCACCGCAUGUGUUAGAAUUUCUUCUCAGUUCUUUUUUUAAUCUUUUAUUCAUAGCAUUGCAGGUGAUGAAAAAUUUAUGCCUUGAGUCUGGCAUUGAAAUUAAAUGCAAAAUGAAAACAGAAGCAGUUUAUACUGACAGCUUAAAUAUCUUUAUCUAGCAUACGGUUGCACUAUAAAAAUCACUGAGUGACUUUUUAAAUCUCCCACAUGUAAAAAACCAAAAGUUGUACAAUAAUGAAUAAAGUUAUAUAAGAUAUCAACAGAAG